UAUGAAAUUGUAAAUUAGUCAUUUCGCUCUAGUUAGUGUUUCGUUGUACAGGCAAUAUAUUUUUAGUAUAUUAAAUACUAACAAUAAGUAAACUUAUAAAAAAUAUAGUGUAGUAUAUUAAUUAAAUACUAAAGAUAUAGACUAAAAUAUAUAAAAAAACUUUGAAUUUACCACUAAAAAUUGUAAUUGGUUACAAGAAUUCAUGCGCCAUGCUUUCUUGAUUUUAUAGUGUCAACAAAUAAUCUGUUUCACGUUCAGUCUUCAAUUAAGAUAUUUUGUACAUUUAUAUUGUAUUAAAUAUAUUUUGAAAUAAGAUGUCUUAUCAGUUAUAUAGAAACACAACGUUAGGAAAUACGUUACAAGAAAGUCUUGAUGAAUUGAUUCAGUAUGGACAAAUUACGCCACAACUUGCCAUAAAGGUAUUAUUGCAAUUUGACAAAGCUAUCAACCAAGCACUUGCUACUAGAGUUAAAUCACGACUUACAUUUAAGGCAGGAAAAUUAAAUACCUACAGAUUUUGUGAUAAUGUUUGGACAUUUAUGCUUAAUGAUGUUGAAUUUCGAGAGGUUCAAGAGAUUGCUGUAGUGGAUAAAGUAAAAAUAGUUGCUUGUGAUGGUAAAACAUUAGAUGCAGAUGCAGCAGCAAAACGAUAGCGAUUAUUAGAUUAUCUCAUAUUUAUAAGAAACGUUUGCUAUUGCUUUCUAAGUACUAUAAAUAAUAUAUAUAUAUAUAUAUAUAUAUAUAUAUAUAUAUAUAUAUAUAUAUAUAUAUAAAAUUUUUACAAUAGCAAAUAUUUGAAGAAAAUACAAUGCAAAUGCAAAAUAUGCAUAAACUUCUCUUACUUCCUUACCGUCAACAUUAUAAAAAGAUUAAAUUGUUACAAAUUACAAUAAUUUAUUAAUAAGUAAAUACACUAUAUUUAUGC